AUGACAGCACGCAAUGACAAGGAGGUGAACUUUGGGAUUUGCAAAGCCUUGGUCUGCGAAGCUGCUGAACAGGGCUGUCAGCUGGUGGCGCUUCCGGAGUGUUUCUCCUUCAUCGGAGCGCAGAAAGGCGAAGCGCAGCAGGCCGCAGAGAGCCUGGAGGGGCCCACCAUGCAGCGAUAUCGGGAUUUGGCACGAGAGCAACAGAUCUGGUUGUCGUUGGGAGGCUUUCAAGAGAAGGUCGAGGGGGAGCCAGACAACAAGAUUUUGAACACCCACGUGGUCCUGAACAGUUCCGGCGAGAUGGUGGCGGUCUACAGAAAGAUCCACCUCUUCGACGCCCCCUUCACUGGGCUGGUGGAAUCGCAACAGACCCUUGCGGGGGCCGAGGUGGUCGCCUGCGAUUCGCCCAUGGGGAAACUGGGCGUCACGGUCUGCUACGACGUGCGCUUUCCGGAGCUCUUCCAGAAGCUGCGCUUCCAGCAUGGCGUGGACAUCCUGCUCAUUCCUUCAGCCUUUUCGAUGCCAACAGGUAAGGCUCAUUGGGAGCUCCUGAUGCGCACUCGAGCCUUGGAGUGUCAAUGCUACGUGCUGGCGGCCGCGCAGGCGGGAAAGCACAACGAGGACGGCAACCAGCGGCAAUCCUGGGGCCAUGCCAUGGCCGUAGAUCCCUGGGGCAAGGUUCUGGCGGAGUUCGACGGGAGCAGCUCUGGUGUGAAGGUGGUGGAAAUUCUCCCAGAGAAAUUGCAGGAAAUGGUCAUUUACGCCUUAGCCAAGCAACCACGAUCCCUGGGAUGCUCCAAGUCGGGAGUGCAUCCCAGCACUGUUCCAAGCCCCAAUGGCAGGGCACUAGACGAACGCACAGGGUUCUUUGGUUAUCACACAGCACCACAGGACGUGAUGGAGUCAGUCCUUCAGGAGUCGCUUCCUGCUGGUCGAUCUGGUCGAUGGGUCCUGCGGAAUACCUUCAUGGAACUGGUGGAGGAUGGCUCCCCCAUCGGUGGCGGCACCUUUUCGAGCGGCGCCUUGAUGCGUGCCAGCUCCGACUCGGCCCUCUAUGAAGGCUAUUCCCCCAACAACGACGAGACUCCCAAGCAUGCGGCUGGAUGCAAAGAACCAAAAGAAGAGGAGUCUGGCCACUUUGAGUUUGAAAUGAAUGGCUGGAGCGACACCGAGACGAAUCCUGACACCCAGCAACGUGAGAAAUCUCUGCCGUUGCCUUGCUACUCACACAUCAAGGACUUUCCCAGCGGCGAAAGCACACCCUUCUGCACCGCGUUACCACCAGGUCCAGAGUCAGACAUGUGCAUCGCUCGUACUCCUAGUCCGCGAGGAAUGGAUUGGCACCCCAGCGACUUUUGCGAGGCUCCCUUGAAGGACGAAGACUUCAGGCCCGAUCCGUUGCCGGGGUUGGCUCCCCCAUCAGGCACCGCCUCCAUGGGCGCGGGCGACAAGUCCGCUGCCUCCAAACAGGACUUACAACGCUUGGCGGCGGAAGUGGCUCGUUUGGCUCAGGAGAACGAACUUCUUCGUCAGCGCGUGCUUCAGCAGGAUCGCACAGAGGAUCCCAUUGACACGCCGCCCAAUGGUCCUGCGGGACCUGCGACCGUGACCACACCCGUUGCGCCCGUUGCGCCCAACGCCACGGCACCGCAAGAUGGCAUGGGAUGGGCAGUUUUCAUGCCAGUCAAUUUUAUGAACGGACAAGCUAUGCACCAGGAGACCUCUGAUUCCUGGGUUCCCGCUAUGGCGGUUCCGCACAGCCAGGAGCAGAUGGGAAAGGAGCUGAGCGAUAAGAACCAGAUGGGCGGCAGCCGCCGCAAUUCCCUGCGCCGUCCGGUGCGAGGAAAAGACGAGGGAGAGGAGGCUUGGCGAUCCAGCAAGUUGCGGGCAUCCAACAUGUCUGUGAGACCUGCGGAAUGCGACUUGCCCUUGGAGGAGUGCACCACCGUGAUGCUGCGGAACCUUCCCAAUAACUACACACGACAAAUGCUGAUGGCCAUGUUGGACACUGAAGGCUUUGAGGGAAAGUACAACUUCCUGUACCUGCCCAUUGACUUCCAAUCCCGUGCCUGCUUGGGCUAUGCGUUUGUGAACCUGGUGGAUCCAUCCUAUGUUCCGCACUUUUGGGAGAAGUUCAGUGGAUACUCCAAGUGGGUGCUCCCCAGUAAGAAGGUCUGUGGCGUCAGCUGGAGCGGACCGCAUCAAGGGCUGGAGGCCCAUGUAGAGCGUUACCGCAACAGCCCGGUCAUGCACGAGAGCGUCCCAGAUGAGUACAAGCCCGUGAUUCUCCAGAACGGUCUCCGUGUGGGCUUCCCCGAGCCGUCCAAGGCACCCAGGCCGCCAAGAAUUCGCCAGCACCACCACUCUUCGGACAAGGGGGAUAACUUUCGGUUGCCACCGACGGCCUUCGGCAAGGGCAACUGGCACGGACGGCAGCUCUCUAACGACGGCGUUAGGAUGCCCUUGGCCGUUGGUGCUCUUCCACCGGGCUCUGUGGCCCGAAAUUGA